GCAGUGUCUCGCUGUCGGUGUUAGUGGAUGUGGUGAUCUCGGUGUUGGAGCUGCGGACUGAGGGGGCGGAUUCUCUCGGUUUAUGGAGAGAGUGUGACCGGGAGACACUGACCGACCGACCGAACGACCUACCGGGGGGCACCGAGCGCUGGGGGAUGGCGGUCAAUGUUCAUUCCACGUCUGUGAGCAGUGAGAACCUGAGUCGCCAUGACUUUUUAGCGUGGGUGAAUGACUCCUUACAGCUAAAUUAUUCCAAGAUCGAACAGAUGUGCUCAGGGGCUGCUUACUGUCAUUUCAUGGAUAUGCUAUUCCCAGGAUGUAUACAAUUAAAGAAAGUGAAGUUUCAAGCCAAACUAGAACACGAAUAUAUCCACAACUUUAAAGUCUUACAAGGGGCCUUCAAAAAGAUGAGCGUGGACAAAAUAAUCCCAGUGGAACGAUUGGUGAAAGGAAAGUUCCAGGAUAACUUUGAGUUUGUCCAGUGGUUUAAAAAAUUCUUUGAUGCCAAUUAUGAUGGGAAAGAAUAUGAUCCAAUGUUGGCCAGACAAGGACAGGAUGUGGCACCUAUGCCAAACCCAGGAGAACAUAAAAUCAAGAAGCCAAUUGGCACUGCAGUCCCACAGAGAACGUCCCCCACAGCUCCCAAAAUCAUGCAGCCCAUUGUCAGAGUGCACAACGCAGCACCCCCAGUCAGAAAAAAUAUGCAGAUCACCAGAAAUGGGGGCCACGAGAUGGACACGCAGAUAAUGGAGCUCAACCAACAGUUGAUGGAGAUGAAAUUGACGGUGGAUGGACUGGAGAAAGAGCGAGACUUCUACUUCAGCAAACUCCGAGACAUUGAGUUGAUCUGCCAAGAACACGAGAGUGAGAAUGCAGCAGUCCUCUCCAAGAUCAUCGACAUCCUGUAUGCUACAGAGGAAGGAUUUGCUCCUCCGGAAGACGAUGAAAAUGACGAAAUUCAGCCUGAGGAUCAGGAUGAAUACUAACUAUGUUUCCUACUCGUCUCCUGGCCGCACUGCAUUAUAUAUAUAAAUAUAUAGGUGCUCUUCCUGCCCGUUACACAUCAGUCAUUCUGCAAUAUGAACAUCUUAAUUUGGGAUCAGCACACAUGCUCCUGCACUAAUACUCUUCAUUACAGUUACUGGCGAUUCCACUGGGAAUCCAACCUGUGGUCAUCUCCCAGGUCUAACAUAUCCACCAAAUGUGAACUCCGCAGAGGGAGCUGUGGGCCUUUAUCUUCUGAGUUUUUAUUUAAAGCUUGCUAAGCGUGGUGAUUUCUUUAACGGGAGAUAGCCUCACUCUCUGUGUGGAGGUUUAAAGCUCGUAUUGUUUGUUCUUGUUUUACACUGUCUCUGUACAGGCCUGCAGAGGCGUUCGGCAUGGGCCCCUGGCAGGGGAUCGAUUACUAAUUGUUGUAUUCCUAUGUUAUAUGUGUGUCUAUGCAUCUCAUUGCAUUUCUACUUUCUGUUCUUUCAUGUAUUCUACCUUUAUACUGAUCAUACUUGAUUCUUUAAAACGAUGUGUUUACCAUGAAUGAAACUCACUUUAGUAAUUCUAUCCAUAAUUAUUUGAUUCCCCACAAGAGCGAUAACUUCACAUUCCAAGUGGACCCAGGUAUAUACCCUAAACGGUAAGGAGAAUCCAUUGCAUCUAAUCUUUAUAGAAUAUUUAAAGAAAUUGCCAACCCUCACUGUAUUCAUAUAUACAAAUAUGAUUUAUUCUAUAUCUGAUAUAGGAAUGCUGUGAUGUAUAUAAUUAUACGGAAAGUAAAUCGAACCAACCUUAAUCUUCUUUUAAGUGAACAUGGAUUUACUCCUAUCACUGCAUAGUCACGCUCUUUCUAUAUGAGUAAAGAAAACCAAACAACCAUCUGGUCAUAAAUAAAUCGCAUAUCGAAGAAAUUGUGCGUAUAAAUGUAAAUACCAUAUAUUCUCUAACUGUCCCUCUCCUUGGGAUUAUUGGAUGUUCCUUUCCUGGCCCGGUUCUCAUUACAAAGCUGCUCCGUAAGUGUCCUUGGAACAUAUUUAUGAGAAACACUGCUCAGAUCAUAGUGAGAUGAUCUAGAACCCACAAAAAGAGGAAUGGGCUGUAUAUAUCGAAUUUAUUGGUCUGUGAUACUUCCAUUAGAGGCUGCUCUAAUCACAUAACCAUGGCAAGUUUUAUUUCCUUAGCCGUCUGGUAAAUGUUUGCCGUAUCCUGUAUCAGACAUAUCAAUUUGUUCCUCAAGUCCCUAUAGACCAGUCAUGGUUUAGGGCAGAGGUAGGCAACUUUUGGCACUCCAUAUAUCAUAGACUACAUCUCCCAUAGUGCUCUUACUGCCCUAAUGAUGGCAAAUUAUUAAGGGACAUGCCGUCCACAUCUGGAGUGCUGAAUGUUGCCUACCCCGGGUUUAGGGUAUAUCCAGUUCUCUUCCAGUGGGUACAGCGAUGCAGUCUAAUUUCUGGUGGGUCUUAAGGUUUUGUUUGAGAAGCACUUACCUAGGCCAGUCACUUCCAGGACACCUUAGUGAGAAUAAGUCUUGGUUAACACACCGGUGUCUUCCUUUCUCUCCCUCCUAAAUUAUAUUGCCUCAGGUCCUUCUGCCUCUUUCCAUUGUCUGUCUCUCUCAGGUCCGAUGUCGUCCUUGUUGAUGUGGGCCAGUUGUAUUAUAUAUAAGAGUCUGUUGUCUGCUGUAGAAUCCUUUCUGGGGUCCUUUGUAGCAGGAGCGUUGAACGAUUGGAGAUGUAUAUUUUUGAACAAGAUUUAUAUGCACUUUUUUGACCCAACACAGAAAACCAGCCGAGAGCUGGGAACAUGAAGUUCCUUUGCGCUCUCACCGAUGAGGGAUAUGUCACCCAGCACUUUGCUGUUUACGCUAGACAGACUUUGCAACUGAAGGGGUCUGGCAGUGUGGUUUGCCAGUCCGCAUCAAGUCCAGCUUGAAAUGGUAACCUCUAGUGUACUGGAGAAUUCAGUUACAAAGAUUAAAAAGUAACGUUUUUGGGGUUCAGUCAUAUGGUAUGGUUUCCAUAAUAAGAAUAUAGUUUAUAUAUAAAUAUAUAUUUUAUAGUUUGGUUUUAUUGUCUACUAAAAGUAGUUAUUUUAAUUUAAUUUAUUUGUUUCUAAUUUAUUAAUUCAGCUUUUAGACACACAGAAAGAAAUAGAAACCUGUUGUGUGGCCUCGACUUUCUAAAGAAAGCUAUUUUGCCUUAUUCGAUAACCCUCCCGUGGGGGUAACUGUAUUCAAUUUGUAAUUCCUUUAUCUCGGAUGCUGAUUGAAAUUAAAUUAUAUAGGAUUCAAACAGUGUGAAUUUCCAAUAUUAGGGCAGAUUAGGAAAAUUAAAAACAAAGUUUGACUUUUUUUUGCCUAAAAUUAGAAAUAAAUUUCCCAACAAAUCACACUUUGGUAAAUAACUAUGAAAAUGUCAUGCCUGGAACCAAGAUGGCAUUAUAUUUUUUGAGUUGAAACAGCAUGUUUUCCAGCAGGGAGCAGCUGAGGAUCCCCCUGAGAGUGUACACUGUCCUGUUCUCGGCACAGUCCGCACCGUUGGGUGGGUUACAAACUUCACAACCCAUCUAUCUGUCAUUAGGAAAGACCUUAGCUUGCAGACCUGUGAUCCUUUACAGGUAAUAAAAGCUUCUGUUCCCCUGUCCAUCAUUCACAGCACGGAAAUGACUUGUGUACAGCGUGCCUACAGCUCUGUCGCAUACUGUGUCCUUGUUCUGCAUCCCCUACUGUAAAUGCUGCUCGUGUCACAGAAUCCAUAUAAACAUGAUAAACUGCAGUUUGGAUAAAGGGUUUUUUUGGUGCACGUAGGCUGACUUUUCUGUGUUGGAAUAAGCUGGGAAUUAAAAUUUUUUAUUUUUUUCUAUUAAUACGAUUUAUUGUGUGAGAACCCCUUUCAUUAUCAGAGGGGUAGAGAUUUGGGGUCUUAAAGUUUAUCUGAGGUUUGCAGGAGUUAUCCGUAAAAUGCGCCAGAUGCAUCCACUGUAAGACGCAGUUACCCAGAAAACAGUGAAUUUUAACACUUAACCCUUGUGAACAAAAUGAAAUUAUUUCAAAACCACAUGCUGAUGGUUAUUGUGUUGGGAGAUUUGUUCUAACAAAGUACAGAAUAGUUAUUCCAAGAUAAUCUUGGUAAUUUAUUUUAUACAUGUAAUAAUAAACAAAUGUAAACCUAUAAACAAAUUGUUAAAAACAGUUUGUGGUGUUAUGGUUACACACUGUUCUUAUUUAAACAGUCUGUUCUUACAAUGGUGUGCGGGGGAGGGGCACAAGGACAUUGAGCUGUAGUUGUGAGCUGUAGUGGUUAUGGUCCCUGGAGUGUUCUUUCAAACCAUAAUAUUGCUCAUUCGUGGUGUAUAGGCCAGACACCAUUGAGUAUUAUUAUUUCUGAUAGUUCUGAAUAAAGAACACAGAUUUGCUACAUUAAUUCACAGUUCAGCUAUAUUUCCCAGCUCAGCUCGUUUUCCCUAGAAUGUACAAUUUCCUUACCAAUUUCCAGGUGAGUGACCCCAUUUUUAUCAAAUUUUCUCCUUACGAAAUGAAUGUGUUUCUUACAGGACCCCAAACGACCCUUCAGAAUAACAAACUGUAUUGUAUAAUGAUUCCCAAAUUAAGUGAACUAGGAGUGCCUGGCGCAUUUCACACAUCUCUUAAUGCAAGCUGCCUUUGCUUCAGCCGGUAUCUGAUUUACUUAUCAGUAAAGUUGUGUUAUUUUGGAUAUUCACAGCAUUUUGGGGGAUCUGUUCUUGGAUUGAAUCAGUAACAUUCUACGGUUGCAGAUACCUCGCCAAAAGAUUCUGUGGGCAUUCUGAACUUCUCCGUUAGUUAAUGUAACAUCAGCUCCUUCUAGGAUAUUUGGUUGCGGAAUAAGAUGCUUUUUAACCUCUUUGAGUGCUGAAGUGUUGGGAGUUGCAUUGGGUCUCAUUACAUCAUCAUUCGAGUUAAUGAAAGGCCGGUAGGUGUUUGUACUUACUUGUGAAGGUCAAUGAAUGUGAAACACAAUGGGUGGAAUCUGGGAGCUUUGCCAAUACGUUGAUAUUGCCGGGCGAGAUGGUUUAACCUUCACACUGAUCGUUAAUUACCCUUGCAAUUGCUUUCAUUAUGCAACCUUCCAAUUUAAAGGAACACUCCAAGUACCAAACCAACACAGCACGAUGUAGUGGUUAUGGUGCCCUGAUACCUUCCCAGUGUAAACAGUCAAACUAUUUGCUAACAGUUUACUUUCUUUCCUUGGUCCUCCGGGAGCCAGUCCUGCUAUUUGCAGUCAGAAGGUCUUAGCAUGAACUGAGCCCAGCGAUCAGAGCUCAGCUCAUUGGCUAAGAACAAUCAACCUUAGUGGCUAUGGUGUUUGGAAUGUUAAUGCAUUAAUUUUUGCAGCUUUAUUGGAAAAUUUUGUAAGUUUGUUUGAGCAAAGGUUUGUUCAGCAUUUACUGCAGUCAGUUUUGAGGCAACAUUGUCUUCAUAGAAAAUGCUAAAAUAAGAACGGUCACUUCUUAUGUUCCCUUCCUGAACACUGCCAUUGUAAGUGUGAGUAACCUAAUGAAGGUCGGCAGGAUGUUGACAUUGCGUAAUCGCACCAGAGUGCGUGCGCGGUUUGCAGAUUUUGUGAAUUCAGCAAUGACGGCUGACGUGGAUGUGAUGGGCUCCUGACUGAGUCGCCUAAAAUGGCAGCCCUCAGGGAGGUGUCUGUGGAGGAGAGUUUUUCUUUUAAAGGGUCUAUUAUAUAAACAAGCUAAGAUUUGGGAACUGGCUUGCAAGUAAUAACACUUAAAUAAACUCUUUGUUUUAAUUGCUCACAAAAUAUCCUAAUUUCAGCAUGACAAGCUGCAACCUCCAGCAGUAUCUAAAUAAAAGCUGGAGGGAAACAACUGGCCACCCUGCAGGGUUAUUUUAGUUUGACACCGUCUGUGACACCGUCUAGCCUGGGCCGCCCCAUGCAUGUUACCAUGGACGUGAUUAAUGAAAGUGUGAAAUUCCUGCAACUGACCCUUAUCAGCAACCCUUUCCUUCCACCAGCCACCCCUCCAUACCACGUCCCAUCAUACUUGGACAGAUCCCACAUGGACUUGUUAAGUUGCUAGCGGAUUGAUUAUUUAUUUGUUUUUUUGCACACCUCUAUAAGCAACUGAAACCUAUUCGGUGGAUUCCUCUGUUCCUUAACCACCUUCUUACAGCUUUCUGCAAAAGUCAAACUGUUCUACUAUUACCAAGAGACACUCCGUGAUUCAUAUCUUCUGUUAAUCCAUGAUAAUGCUGUUCAAAUCUUGGCAUCUGUGUUAGGUUUGAUUUCAAAUAAACUGGUGUGGAAAUAAAA